AUGCAGCAGCAGGAGGCAUUGACGCAGCGCAAGCGCACGGCGUCCGCCACCGCCGCCACCGUGGCGCAGGCGUGUCGCCAGGCCGUGGCGGAGCUCGAGAACUGGUCGCUCUGGGCCUACCGCUCCACCACGGGCGAGGAGUGGGACGCGCAGCCGGCCUGCUUCAUCACCGACUACCUGCUGGCCGUGCAGUGCUUCGCCUUCGCCGUGUACAUCGGGCUCUUCGCCGCCACGGACAAGGGCGACCUGGCCUGGUACCUCAUGUACUUCAUGGCGCUGGGCAUCUCGGCGGCGCUCGGCGGCCUGCUGCACCACGUGGCCUUCGAGGCCAUGCGCGACAUCGCGCACAAGCAGGAGAAGCACCUGGUCAAGACGGCGCGCAUCUUCGGCUUCAGCCUCAGCCGCUCCACCGUGGACAACAUGAUCGACGCGCUCUGGCGCGUGGUGCUGGCCUGCUCCAUCCUCACCAACUUCGCGCUGCUGUCGCUGGCCGCCAGCCGCCACCUGCCCGAGGCCUGGGCCUACUCCAUCAUCGUGCUGGCCGCCGUCGUCUACGUGGUGCUGGCCGUCUGGGCCAGCGUCAGCAUGCACACGGUGUUCCUCUUCGCGGGCUUCAUCCCGGUGAUGGUCUUCGGCCCCAUCGCCUGCUUCAUGACGUGGAACUGGGAGUGGAGCCACUCGAGCAACGAGCUGCUCGUGUACGGCGUCAAGCUCGUGGGCGGCCUUAUCCAGGGCCUCGUAUGGGCUCCCAGCAAGGACAAGUUCAACCACAACGCGCUCUCGCAUGUGUUCCUCAGCAUGGCGGCGACGCUCAUGCUCGUGCACUUCAAGUUCUGA